AUGGCAGAGCUGCAAUCAAAGCCCGAAACUGCCCUUACUCAGGCUGCGGUUGUGGCUGAGGUGCCAUCGAACGACACCGUUGUAAUGGAAGCUUCUGGAGCACAUGAGGCCAAAGCUGUCGAUGUAGCACCCGAGAGUGACUUUUGCAGUGAACGUCUGCUUGGGAAGACAGCAAGAAGAUACGUAUCGAUUGAAGCUGAGUUGAAAAAAAUAGAGGAAAAACUGGAGAAAAAGAGAGCACAAUAUGGUGAAAGGAUGAAAAACAAGAUGGCUUUAGUUCACAAGGAAGCAGAGGAGAAGAGGGCAGUGAUUGAAGCCAAGGGUAGUGAAGAGAUUCUGAAGACAGAGGAAAUGGCUGCAAAAUACCGUGCAACAGGAACCACACUAAAGAAGACCAUGGGAUGCUUUUGA